AUGGACAGCCAGCGCGGGACUUUCAAUUAUUGUCCCGCCCAAUCGGAAAAAGACGGUGCCUAUAAAGGCUGGUGCGGCGGGCAGCGGCCGCGUCACUCUCGCUGCCGCUGCGCUGGUGAGCUGGUGUCUUGGUUCGCUAUGGCUCGCACGAAACAGACCGCCCGCAAGUCGACCGGGGGCAAGGCCCCGCGCAAGCAGCUGGCCACCAAGGCGGCCCGCAAGAGCGCGCCGGCCACGGGCGGCGUGAAGAAGCCGCACCGCUACCGGCCGGGCACCGUGGCCCUGCGCGAGAUCCGGCGCUACCAGAAGUCCACCGAGCUGCUGAUCCGCAAGCUGCCGUUCCAGCGGCUGGUGCGCGAGAUCGCGCAGGACUUCAAGACGGACCUGCGCUUCCAGAGUUCGGCCGUGAUGGCGCUGCAGGAGGCGAGCGAGGCCUACCUGGUGGGGCUGUUCGAGGACACGAACCUGUGCGCCAUCCACGCCAAGCGCGUCACCAUCAUGCCCAAGGACAUCCAGCUGGCUCGCCGCAUCCGCGGGGAGCGGGCUUAAAAGAAAUGUAGAGGGACAGGCGAUUAUGAUAAACUACACCACAGGGAAGCCAUCAGCAAAAUCCCAAUUGGAAAACUCUACAGGAAAAACAACCCAGUCUCUUCAACAAAGAAGCUACAAGAAAAAAAGAGAUGAAUGGCAAACAUAUUAGAGUUGAAAGACAUGUCAACCAAUCAUUAUGUAUAGAACUUAUUUGGAUUCAGAUUAGAACAAAGCAUUUUUUAAACCUGUGACAUGUAGGUUAAUUUUAACACCAAAUGGAUAUUUGACGAAUUAAGGAAAUAUUGUUAAUUAUUUUUGAUGUGACUUGCUAUUGUGGUCCUUAUCUUUUAGAGAUACAUAAAGCAAUAUUUGUGGAUGAAAUAAUAUGGUAUCUGGGAUCUGCUUCAAAAUGAUACAGGAUGGACAGUCUUAAGUUUGAUAAUUGAUGAAGUUGGAUAACGGGUACCUUGCCCUCUGUGUAUAUGUUUUAAUUUCUCAAUUAUCAAGAAUUAAAAAUACAGGCACGACUGGGUGGCUCAGUCUGUUGAGCAUCUCAGUGUAUAAGACUACCCCAUUUCUC